AUGGAAUUGAUAAGCUUGGCUGGCACAAGUUCCUUCUUUGGAUGGGGUAUAAUUCCACUGCUUGCUGUUGGACUGACUUUUUAUCAGUAUAAUAAUGCCGAUCCUGAAUCACAUCCCAGAAAUGCUCAAGAGCUUCUGCGAAUGUACGACUUCAUCGUUGUAGGCGGUGGAAGUGCAGGAGCUGUCGUAGCAUCGCGAUUAUCUGAGAUAUCAAACUGGACAGUUCUACUGCUGGAGGCUGGAGGGGAUGAGAACGAGAUAUCCGAUGUGCCUGCGUUAGCCGGAUAUACGCAACUGUCGGAGAUUGACUGGAAAUACCAAACUGCACCGCCAAGUGCUUCUGCUUAUUGUUUAGCCAUGACCGGUGACAGGUGCAAUUGGCCGAGGGGAAAGGUCCUUGGAGGUAGCAGUGUUCUAAAUUCAAUGAUAUACGUUCGUGGAAACAGACACGACUUUGAUCAUUGGGAGAGCUUGGGCAACCCCGGCUGGAGCUACCGCGACGUUCUCCCCUACUUCAUCAAGUCCGAGGACAACAGAAACCCAUACCUAGCGCGAAGUCCCUACCACGGAACAGGAGGCUUGCUGUCAGUGCAAGAAGCUCCCUGGCGCACGCCAUUGGCCCUGGCAUUCAUGCAAGCAGGCAAUGAACUAGGCUACACCAACCGUGACAUUAACGGUGCCAACCAGACGGGCUUCAUGCUAUCGCAAUUGACAGUGAGACGAGGAAGCCGAUGCUCCACAGCCAAAGCGUUCUUGCGUCCCGUCAGGAACCGAAAGAACCUGCACAUUGCCAUGUUCGCACAAGCCACGCAAAUCCUCUUCAACCCAGACAAGCGAGCGAUAGGCGUUGAAUUCAUGAGGAACGGGCGUAAACAAGUGGCUCACGUCAGACGCGAAAUUGUCCUGUCAGCUGGAUCCAUCGCAUCCCCCCAGCUGCUGAUGGUCUCCGGAAUCGGACCUCGCGAGCAUCUCCAGGAAUUCGACAUUCCCGUUCUGUCUGAUUUACGAGUUGGUGACAAUUUACAGGAUCACGUGGGCCUGGGAGGUCUGACUUUCCUCAUUGAUGAGCCCGUCACCUUUAAAAAAUCAAGAUUCCAGACAUUCCCAGUCGCCAUUGAGUACAUAAUCAACGAGAGAGGACCUAUGACGACACCGGGAGUCGAGGGAUUGGCAUUUGUGAAUUCAAAGUAUGCAGACACCACGAUCGAUUGGCCGGACGUGCAGUUUCACUUCGCUCCAAGUUCCAUCAGUUCUGAUGGUGGGGAUAUCAUACGCAAGAUCACGGGUCUGCGGGACAGUGUCUAUAACACGAUGUACAAGCCGUUGAUUAAGGCUGAAGCCUGGUCAAUACUUCCGUUGUUAUUGAGACCAAAGAGUUCUGGAUGGAUUAGGCUCAAGAGUAAAGAUCCCUUCGUCUACCCGGAGAUCAAUCCCAACUACUUCACUCAUAAAGAGGAUGUGGAUGUCUUGGUUGAUGCCAUUAGGAUUGCUAUGGAAGUGUCCAAUACGACGGCAUUUCAGAGAUUUGGCUCAAGACCGCUGACCAUUCCCAUGCCAGGAUGUCAGAAGUUCCUUUUUGAUACUUAUGAUUACUGGGAGUGCGCUAUAAGACACUUCACUUUCACUAUUUAUCAUCCAACUGGUACCUGCAAGAUGGGACCAGUGUCGGAUUCUACGGCUGUUGUUGACACUAGGUUGAGGGUCUACGGGGUCAAGGGGCUCAGAGUUGCAGAUGCAUCGAUAAUGCCGACUAUUGUUAAUGGCAAUCCCAAUGCUGCUGUCAUAAUGAUCGGGGAAAAAGCCAGCGAUAUGAUCAAAGAGGACUGGCUUAGGCGGAGACGUCCACCUGGGAGAUGACAAUAACGAGAGAAUUUUAUAUCGCCAUUACUAUGUUGAUUUACUCAGGGGAUUGGUUGAGAGAAUGUGUUUUGAGAUCGUUUGACAGAAACCAAUCAG